UUUCAAUUUUCAGGUAAAAACUAAAAAACUAAAAACUUUUCUCUCUCUCUCUCUCUCUCCAGCAGUUUGUUUCCCGAGAAAAUGCGAGAAAAAAUGCUACUUCAUGUUUUGCCUUUAUCAUUUUAGCCGCUGUCUGGGGAUGCUCUCUACUUGAUCCUUAGAUUUUAUUCAACCAAACUUCUAAGUGAGUUCACUUUGGGGAAUAACUGCAUGCAUUUGGCGUUUGAAGAACCCAUUCAUCUACCAAAAUGAAAUCACGUGUAAGAUGGGAUGAGGCUAACAUUGUAGAAAUUGAAUCAACCAAACCCGUGAGGCAGAAAAUUACUGAGCCGAAGACUCCGUAUCACCCUAUGAUUGAUGAUGAAGAUUCUCCAUCUCCCAUAAGAGGAAGCUUUGAGGAAUGUGUUGAUGGUGAACAUUGUGAAACAAAUGCCGUAUCAGCCUUUGAUGAUGCGGCUUCUGGUAGCAGAAAAGGCACAAAAGAGUCUGAUGGCUGGACGUCGUCAGAGGAUGAGGCAGAAGCAAUGGAACAAGAUGAUGAUGAUAAGAAUUUGAGUUUUAAAGAGCAGAGAAAGGCCCACUAUGAUGAAUUCCUCAAAGUUAAAGAGCUGAGGCAGAAGGCUUCUCUUGUAGAGGAUGAAAGUGACGAGGAUAACAAUGCCGAGCUAACCAAGGGGAAGGGGAGCAGUGACAAAUCUGCAGUGAGUGCUAGCUGAAGGGACUGUGACAUCACCGGGUAAAGGAAAAGAUCGACCAUUCAAUACCUCAAACUAAUGUUUCUUACACAGUGAUCAACAAAUAAAACCCACUCUCUGGUUUCGUUAUUCAUUUCAUUCUGUGGGCAGGACAUAACAGAACGAUUUCACUGUAAUCCUUGUGUCAUUUGUGUGUAAAUAGUUCAUCCUUUUCCACAUGCCGAUACUGUCUGUUUAUCUUUUAUUUUUCUUUUUGUGGGAUCACUACACACUAUAUUAUUUAUCCAAAGACAAAAAUUGCAUCAUCCGUA